AUGGGCGUCACAGGCCUUUGGUCCGUCGUGGCGCCGACCGCACGCCCUACCUCACUGGCGUCGCUGAAUCGCAAGCGACUGGCAGUUGACGCCUCGAUCUGGAUCUACCAGUUCCUCAAGGCGGUGCGCGACAAAGAAGGCAAUGCACUGCGCAACUCGCACGUGGUGGGCUUCUUCCGGCGCAUCUGCAAGCUGCUGUACUUUGGCAUCAAGCCGGUGUUUGUGUUUGACGGUGGAGCGCCAACGCUGAAGCGCGAGACGGUGCGGAAGAGGCGGCAGCGCAGAGAGGGGAGACGGGAAGAUGCGGUGAGGACGGCGGGGAGGUUGCUGGCGGUGCAGAUGGAGAGGGUGGUGGAGGAGGAGCGGGAGAGGGCGAGGAAGGAGAAGGAAGGGGGGCGGAGGGCGCAAGAUGAGGAGGAAGGCGUGGGUGAGGAGGCGGAGCUGGUGUAUGUGGAUGAGAUUGGGAUGGGGGAGGCGGAGAGGAAGAAAGGCCGUGCUGAGGGUUUCAAGAGGAGGGAUCAAUACCAUUUGCCUGACUUGGAUGUGCGCAUCGAAGACAUGGGGGCGCCGAAUGAUCCAAGGAUAAUGAGCCAGACGGAACUGGAGGAAUAUGCGCAGCAGUUCCACAGUGGGGAGGACAUCAAUCUCUACGACUUUAGCAAGAUUGAUUUUGAGAGUCCCUUCUUUCUGAGUCUGCCUGCGGGGGAUCGCUAUAACAUCCUGAACGCAGCGAGACUGCGAAGCAGGUUGAGGAUGGGCUACACAAAGGAUCAAUUGAAUGGCAUGUUCCCUGAUCGCAUGGCCUUCAGCCGCUUCCAGAUUGAAAGAGUGAGGGAGCGAAACGAAUUGACGCAGCGGCUGAUGCAUAUCAAUGGAAUGGGGGAUGAAUGGGACUCUGGCGGGAGGAUCGCUGGUGAGAAGGGAAAGGAGUACGUUUUGGUACGCAAUGACGGUGUCGAGGGCGGUUGGGCACUGGGCGUGGUCUCGAAUAAGCUGGGCACGAGCAAGGGAAUGGCUAUUGAUGUAGACGAGGACAGUGAUGCAGACGGGGUAAAGUCGGAGAACGACGAUUCGGAUGAGUUCGAAGAUGUCGAGAUAGAGGGUCUCAAUCGGUUGCCACAGAGCUGGAAGCGGAAAAGGGCGAGGGAGGUCGACUAUGACAUUUCUUAUGAGGACGCAGCUGAGAAGAUUGCAAAGAAACGGAAGGCUGUGUACGAUGCCCGAAAGGCCGCCGUCCAGGCACCUGUCUCGAAACCCGUGCAGAUAAAUGCAGCAAAUGGAGAGCAGGACGGCCUUUUUGUCGAGCAAGACGGAGCGGACGAAGACGACGAUCUCUUCGAAGACGUCGAUAUCGGGCCGCCGCCCCAGGAUGAGGACGAUGACCUUCAACGAGCUAUCGCAAUGUCCCUCGAGCAACCGCAAGAACAGCAAGAAUCAAUCGAACGACCGGAGGAGAAUCCAGACAAAGAUCAGGACGAUGCAUUCGAUAUGCGAGCUGCUCUUGCAGAGGCACGGCAGUCGAAGCACGAAUCGAAGACGAAAGUACGCCCAGGCUCGCCAAAGCCUCCGUCACAAGCACCGAAGUUUGAUGGGCCUCUUCCAUUCGAAUCACUUAAUCUUGGGCAGUCUUUACUCGGCAAGAAGAAAGCCAAGAAAGUCGAAGAGGACCUGUCCGGAGGUUUCCAGCCCGAAUUGGGCGACGACACCUUUCGCAAAGAAAGGCCGCCCCAGCCAGUGCCAUCGUGGUUUGACGCGGCACCGACGACGAAAGACAUGAAAAAGAUUCGUGUGACGGACGGGGAUGAAGAUGGCGAAGACUAUGUCACUUCAGGUCCAUUGGAUGCCAGUCGCGAAGAGAUAUUGCAGCGAAAGCCUACCAAUGAAGUAAUCGACCUCGAAGCUGAGCCAUCAACGCAACAGCCGAGUCAGGUGGAGUUGUCUAGUGACGAUGAAGACUUUGAGCAGGUGACUCAGGAAGCACCAGCCGAGCCCAACGAGUGGCAGCUGCCCGAGCACGAGCAAGAGCAGGUAGACGCUCAGGCAGAACUGCGACGCAAGGCUGAAGAAGAAGCUAGAGAAGCUCGAUACGCCAUGGCCCGUGAAAUAGCUGCUGAACCUGAGGGUGCAGAACAGCCGACAAUGGACGAGGUGGCCGACCGGGCACAAGAGAAGCCUCCAUCGCCUACUGAACACCCGAUGUUUAUUCCAUCUCCAAAACAGCCAGAGGUUGCCCCUCAACUUGAACCAGAAGACGAAGAGAUGUUCGAAUGGAGCGCAUCUGAAGCUGGAAGCCCAGCACGCAAGUUAUCGUCACCAGCUGCUAAACCUGCCGCCGCAGAAGCCGAAGACUCUGACGAAGAGUUCGAAGACGUCCCAAUGAACGACCUCCCUCCACCAGCCUUGCUUCACCAGCCGUCGACGAACGAACCUCAAGCUCCCACACUUGACGCAUCUGAGUACCUCCUCCCGGCCGAAGACGAGCCUGCCCCCAGAACAGAUGCUAAUGCGCAGCCUGAGGAGUACGAUGACCAAUUCUCGGACUCAGACGAAGAGCUCAUGCGGCAACUCGCCAUCGAAGCCGAGGAACACGCCCGCUUCACCAACUCCCUCAACUCCAGCAACCCCUACGGCACCAAAGACGCGGCCUCCGCGGCACGCGACUACGAGAACGAACUCAAACAGCUCCGCUCGCAGCAGAAGCGCGACCGCCGAGACGCCGACGAAGUCACGCAGACCAUGAUCCAGGAGUGUCAGGCGCUCCUCGGCCUCUUCGGCCUCCCCUACAUCACCGCACCAAUGGAAGCCGAAGCACAGUGUGCGGAACUGGUCAGUCUGGGCCUCGUCGACGGCAUCAUCACCGACGACUCAGACAUCUUCCUCUUCGGAGGCACACGCGUAUACAAGAACAUGUUCAGCCAGAACAAAUUCGUCGAAUGCUACCUACUCUCCGACCUAGAGCGCGAGUACACGCUCACGCGCCACAAGCUCAUCGCCUUCGCCCACCUCCUAGGCAGCGACUACACCACAGGCCUCACGGGCAUCGGCCCCGUGACCGCGCUCGAGAUCCUCACCGACUUCAGCGGCGACCUCAGCGCGUUCCGCGACUGGUGCGACCAAAUCCAAAAAGCCGCGCACCACCAGCAACCCCGCGGCUCCGGCUCCUCCGACCUCGACGGCCUGCUCAACACCUCCUUCCGCCGCAAAUUCAAAUCCGCCGCCCAGAAGCGCGUCCUGCUCCCCACGGGCUUCCCCGACGCGCGCGUCGACCACGCCUACCUGCAACCCGACGUCGACGCGGACCCGCACCCCUUUGAAUGGGGUGUGCCGGACCUCGACAAACUGCGCGGCUUCCUCAUGGCCACCAUCGGCUGGAGCCAGGAGCGCACGGACGAGGUGCUCGUCCCCGUGAUCCGCGACAUGAAUCGCCGCGGCGUCGAGGGCACGCAGGCCAACAUCACGCGCUUCUUCAGUGGGGGCGUUGGUGUCGGUGCCGCCUCCGCCGCUGCUGGUGGUGCUGCCGCUGGCGCUGCUGCGAAGGUGGGCAGUGGCAGGGCAGCAGUGGAGGGAGGCGCGGGUGAUGAGGCGCUAGGCCAGCGGAAUCGGACGGGGAAAGAGAGUGGGAGGAUGAGGAACGCGUGGAAGAGGCUGAGGGGUGAGGCGGAGAGGCAGCGGAGGGGCGGGGAUGAGGUCGUGGCGAUUGAGAGUGGGGUGCCGGAGGCGGUGGAGGAGGGGGCGAAGGAUGUCGAUGUUGAAGCUCAGGUUCUCGGUGGCGAGGACGACGGUGAUAGGAAGGCAAAAAACAAGGCGAAGAGCAAAGCGCGGAAAGGGAGCAAGGUCGGGAGGGCAGGAACCCGAAGCCCGAGUCUCGACGAGGAUGCAGACAGCGUGGCCGACGACGAGGCUUACGGGCCGAAGCAAAAGCAAAAGCGAAAGCAGGCUGCGAAUAAGGAUAAAAGACACCGUCGCAGAGCCUGA